AUGGCCGAUGUUCUCAGGGCCGAGGCAAAAGAGUUUGAGGCUAAAAUUGCCAAAGCCGAGGCGAAGUUGCAAGAGGCCUUGGCAACCAAGGUGGUCGAAAUCAAGGUAGCUGAUGAAAAGGCCUAUGCCGAAGGCCAAGCCGACCCUUCUAAAGGAUCGGGCAGCGAGGACGAUGAAGAGGAGGCCGAGUUGGACGACACUGAAGAAGAAGAAGAUGCUGCUAAGGGGGCCAAGUCCCCAACAUUGAAUGAUCGAGUCCUGGACUUGACUCAUGAUAAGGAGGAACACUUGGCUUCCAAGGGAGCCUCUCCAAAACAAAAUACUUCUGAGGCCGAGGUCCAGGCAGCUGAGAAGAGCUUGGACCAGACCUUGCUGGAAAUUGAUGCCGAGAUAGCGGCGGAGAAGGAAGUCACAUUGCCAACCGAGGACGACACACCGCCAACAACCGAGGUUAAGCGAUCUGAGACCAGUGCCCAUAAUUCCAACUCUUAG